ACAUGUACAAACCAUCCGUCUUCCUGUUCGCCAUGCACAUGUACACGUACGGGAUCUCGCUUAAAGAGCCACUUCUCUGGAAACCUCCAUGUUCGCCGUAAAUAAAGCAGAAAAUAAAGAUAUAAAAAUUACGUUUUAAGCUGCAUUUGGUGUGUUCUUCUCUGAUUUUUUAUCUAGAUUCCGUUGAGUUCUGGAUCCUUUUCGGGUCUCUUUUGGAUCUCUGUUCUGGCUUUUUGAAUCUCUGUUUUUUUGAGCUUUUUUUUUCGAAUUUUUUGCCCUGGUUUUACUCCCAAAACCUCGAAAUCAGCUCAGAAUCAGGAUGUAGAGGUGCAUUAGGGUUGCAUUCUAUGGGAUAGGAAAUAAUUCCUGAUUUUUGUUGAGUCUCACUUGAUGGUGGAGUUUUUGGAGGUGAAUUGUGCUUUUUGCGUGAUAGUUUGGUCAAGAGAAGCAAAGAUCGAAGGGUUUCAACUGAAUUUGCCUUUGAACUGAAUCUCUGCCUUUUUCGGGUUGUUUUCAUGUGAACUUUGUCAUUUACAGAGACAGAAAUCGGUUUAGAAUGUGAAUUUUGCUUUUUAAAAGUGGAAUUUCUGCAAAAGUGAACAAAGUUGCGGUGCACUGUAACAAUAGUAAAAUAGGUGAAAGAUUGUGAUUACAGUGGUAUUUUGCUGGUAAAGAUCUGAUUAUUUUGUUGAUAAAGAUGUGAUUACUGUGGUAUGGCAAUUUUCUUGGUCCAUUAUGUGGAGAUUAAGUUUAAAUUGAACUUACAUCGAUGAGAUUAUGAACAUUUUGGUAAAAUAAGGGUAGAGUGAGGAAAACCUUUUGCUUGUUGAUGAACCGGAGUUAUAACUUGAAAAAAACAUAGAAAGGAGUAUGAUUUUCUGCACAUUUAGGACAAAUAGCGAAAUUCGAUAUAAGGUUCAGGAGUUCUAGUGUACUACAUUGGCGGAUCUCUGAUUAGAGCCUCUUUUGAGUUUAUUCAAUAAAUUAUUUGAUUAUAUAAUAGUCUUUUCUUGCUCUAAUGCGAGGGAGAACAACCGUACGAGAAGCUUCCUCGAUGUACAAACGCAUGCCAUCGAGAGAGCUUUUGGGUGUUCCUGGUCGAGGAGGAGUUGCAGAAGCUGAUUCAGUUUGUUUACAGCACAAUAUGGGUCAAGAAGCUGGAAAUCCUUCAUGGAGAUAUUCUUUACCGCAUGUUUGCGUAGCAACUAUUUCAUCUUUCUUAUUCGGCUACCAUAUUGGAGUUGUCAAUGAGCCUCUUGAGAGCAUUGCUUUUGAUCUUGGAUUUGGGGGCAAUACCUUGGCUGAAGGUCUUGUUGUGAGCAUGUGUUUGGUUGGGGCCUUUGUUGGAUGCUUGCUCAGCGGGUGGAUAGCAGACGCCCUUGGCCGUCGUAGGGCUUUCCAGUUGAGCGCUGUACCUAUGAUAAUAGGAGCUUUUGUGAGUGCAACUGCAUCAAGUUUGGAAGGCAUGCUUCUUGGGAGAUUAUUAGUUGGAACUGGGAUGGGUCUGGGCCCUCCUGUUGCAUCUUUGUAUGUUACUGAGGUGUCUCCUUCAAAUGUAAGAGGGACCUAUGGGAGCUUUAUUCAGAUUGCAACUUGUCUUGGUCUUAUUGGAGCUUUGUUUAUGGGCAUCCCAGCAAAGGGAAUUUCUGGUUGGUGGCGGGUUUGUUUCUGGGUAUCUGCCAUCCCUGCUGCGAUUCUUGCACUCGGCUUUGAACUCUGUGCAGAGAGUCCUCAUUGGCUUUACAAGCAAGGAAGAUCAAUUGAAGCUGAAGUGGAAUUCGAGAGGCUUUUGGGUGCGGCACAUGUAAAAUCUGCAAUUGCAGAGCUAUCACGAUCAGACAAGGGCGACAAUGCGGAUAGCAUACGAUUCGUAGAUUUGCUUUACGGUCGCCAUUUUAAGGUUGUACAAAUGGGUUCAACACUGUUUGCACUGCAACAGUUAUCAGGGAUAAAUGCUGUAUUUUAUUUCUCUUCUACCGUUUUCAAGAGUGCUGGUGUACCCUCAGAUUUAGCAAAUGUUUGUGUGGGGUUAUCAAAUUUGUCAGGUUCGGUGAUUGCCAUGAUUCUGAUGGAUAAAUUAGGCAGGAAGAUCCUUCUGUUGGGGAGUUUCCUUGGAAUGGCUGGAGCUAUGGCACUCCAAGUCAUGGCUGCUAGUUUACCCUUUGCUGGAUCUGGUACUUUAUACCUAUCAGUUGGCGGGACAUUAUUUACGUACGUACGUUCCUUCCUCCCUUCUACUGCACACACGACCACGCUCUCUCUCUCUCUCUCUCUCUCUCUCUCUCUCUCUCUAUCACACAACCACCUCUCUGCACCACAUGUAAUUUUGUGUAUGAUUCUCUGUCAUCAGGUGGUAAAUUUCUUUGUGGGCCUGCUUUUUCUGCCAUUGCUGGAGCAGCUCGGAGCCCAGGCCUUGUAUGCAUUAUUUGCGUCGUUUUGCGUAAUUGCAGCAGUUUUUGUUAAGCUUAAUGUCGUGGAGACCAAAGGGAAAUCACUAGAAGAGAUAGAAAUCACUCUUUUACCUGCAGAGUGAAAGCGUUAGCUCUCUCUCUCUUUCGUGUUUCUCUAGGCUUAGUGUAUAUUGAAGAGCUCUUCGUGAUACGAAGACGGAGUGUAGAAAAUGUAAUUACUCCAGUGGAUAAAAAGUAGUGUAGUUACUGGCUUAAGUUUAUUUAUUCUUUCACACUGUCAUCUAGCUUAUGCAACUCUCCACAUAUAUCAUCAUCGUUAAAGCUUUUUUCCAACUAAAUGUGAUCUGCUACAUGAAUUCUGAUUUGUCAUUUUACUCUAUUAAGGGGCUAUAAGUCCCUAUAUUUUUUGACGCUA